AUGGAGUUCUUCGAUGACAAAUAUGUGGCUAUUGCUGGGACUGCUGUUGCUGCAGCCGUUGCAGCUACAGGUGUCGGACCGGGUCGGGUUAUUGCGUGGAACAUCCAAACGCCUGGUUCAAUGGCAGUUUUCAUUGACCUGAACCCUUCCGAAUACUUUGUCAAUGUCAACCAUCUUUUUCAUGAUCAAGGGUCAUUCCCGAAAGUAAUUUAUUGGGAAGGAAACACAAAAACCCUAACAAGAAAAAGACCAGUAGUUGCAGGAGAGAUCAUGUUUGAGUUCCCAGAGAGCAUGGUCUGCGAUGCUGAUCGCUUCUUUAUUGGCCACACCAUCCCGGCUUUAUCCAUUGAUGACCAGCUCAAGCCUGGUAAAACGUAUUUCGUUCUCCCACUCGACAUCUUCUCUACCGAAAUUCUCUCAGCUUCUUCAAUAUCAGCCUUUGUUUCCCACACGCCUAAACUAAUUAACCCAGCUCAUCUCAAGGAGUGUCCUCUAGAAUACAUAAAGGGAUCAAAUGGGAGAGUUUUGAUCAAGGUGAAACCCGAGUUUAUGGCAAGGCAUCUUACUAGUAGGGGUGAAGGUCAUGAUGAUGAUGAUCAAACAAACAAAGGUAUAGGUGGAAAUAAUUCAAGUCGUAGUUGUUUGUGUAGUACACCUGAGCUGAAGAAGGAGUAUGAACAGUUAGUUCGGUCUAAGGAUCAAACAUGGUCUCCUAAUCUUGAGACUAUUUCAGAAGCGAAGAGGAUUUGGUAUUCUCCAUAUAGAGUGAUAGGAUUGGAAUGGAAAGAGAAAGAUGAGUUGGAUGCAUAA